AUGGCUACCACAGCCACUACAACGACGAUUGGAUGGAAGAUCCGCCAGGCGGGACAUGGGAAGACAGGUACCCCAGGGGUUGCACAGGGGCUCCUUCCGUCGAAGAGGGAUUGUUACCUGCUGGCGCAGACAGUGUUGAGGGGAUUUGCCAGCUGGUUUUGCUCUCGUCCUGCGUGGACAGUGGGAGAGGCCAGUGCGACCCUUCGAAAACGUUACAUUAAGAUCCAGGAAAGCUAUGAUGGUGUUGCCGUCAUAAACCGUGGAUGCAUCGAAGACUACUUCACAGAGGGAGGGCACCUCGGUCGUGGUGGAUUUGGGACCGUGUGCAGGGUCGAGCCCACUGGACAUGGACUGAGCCAGUUCAAGCCACUGAGCCCUGGCAUAGCAUACGCUAUGAAGAAGGUCAAACUCCCCAACCGGGAUCCAGAGUUGGAGUCCCUGUCCAAGAGCUUCGUAAACGUCCCGAUGAGCCGCAUGCUCGAGUUCCUUCAAGCCCUCGGAGAGGAGAGGGCCACGCGAGAGCACGUCACUCGAAAUCUACUGAGGGUCUUGGACAUGCCGCAAAGCAUGUACAUUGUCAUGAACCUUCUGGAGGGGCCAACACUGCAAGGUUGGAUGACCGCCCUGAAGACCGCAGUUCCCGAGCGCACCUGCGCAGACUUGGCGCAGCAGAUGCUCUCGGCAGUGCACUACUUACAUCGUGUGGCCGGAGCCGUGCACCGUGACGUUAAACCGGACAACUUUGGCUUUGUCCGUGCAGUCCGGAAUAUUGACCAGCCAGGGAACGUACAGCUCUUCGACAUGGGCUUGGCUUGGGUGCUGCCCGAAAAGAUCCAAGAGUCCAGCGCAACGGACCUUCACGAUGUUGCUCCUGGCGGCACACUGCGUUGGCUCUCUCCUGAAGCCUGGUGCGGACUCUGCGGUGCCUGCUCGGACGUUUGGGGAGUGGGAUUGAUUGUGCACACACUCCUCGUCGGAGACAUGCCGUUUGGACUCCGCAAGCUUGAGGAGGAGGUGCAGGUCCGCAAUGCUGUUUUCAAGAGCAAGUUGAACCUGAGCACCUCGAUCUGGCGCCGUGUCUCCGCGCAGGCACGCAAAUUUGUAGACCAGCUCUUGGCCAAAGAUGUCGCGGCUCGGGCCACCACGACUGCAGCACUGAGGCACAGCUUCAUCCGAGAGGAGAACGUGCCUCCGUCAUGGAGUUCGAGGGUGUGCACCGAGAACGUGCCACCGUCACCACAGAGUCCGAAGGUGUGCACCCAGCAGUGUGGAGGCUUCCCGCGCGUGGGAAGACGAAGCCUUUACUUUCACGCAGUUGACUGA